GUGGGUUGUAGCCGGUGUUCGCGUUGGAUUCCUCGGUGGUACAACAGUUGUAAAGUUUGAACUUGUUUUUAGUGAAGUUGAGUUGGGAAAAUCAAAGAUGGCGCCAACAACAGUGGCUGAGGACCGACUGACGUCAGGACACCGGCUGUCGCACCCACCGCCCGGAGACGAGGUUCUGAUCUCCGGUAUCUCAGGGUACUUCCCGGACUCAGACUCCGUCAUCGAUCUCAGGGAGAACUUGUUCAAUAAGGUGGACCUGAUCUCCGGCGACGGUCGACGAUGGAAGCUCGCCCACCCUGAGAUUCCACAGCGUACUGGCAAGAUCAACAAUGUCAACAAAUUCGAUGCAUCCUUCUUCGGGGUCCAUUACAAACAAGCUCACACUAUGGACCCCAUGUGCAGGAUCCUGCUUGAAAAGGCUUAUGAAGCUGUUAUUGAUGCUGGUAUGAACCCCAAAGAGCUUCGCAACACAAAGACCGGAGUUUUUGUAGGAUCCUGCUUCUCAGAAUCAGAGAAGACAUGGUUCUACGAGAAGAUGCAGGUCAACGGAUUUGGUAUCACUGGAUGCUCGCGAGCCAUGUUAGCCAACCGUAUCUCGUACUGGCUCGGUGUGACUGGACCCUCUUACACCGUGGACUCAGCUUGCUCCAGCUCUUUGUAUGCCUUAGAACACGCCUUUAGAGCCAUCCGAGAUGGUCACUGCGACGCCGCCAUCGUCGGAGGGUCCAACCUGUGUCUACAUCCUUAUGUAUCCUUGCAAUUCUCCAGACUGGGUGUGCUGUCUCCGGAUGGUCGGUGCAAGAGCUUCGAUAACAAUGCUAACGGCUACGCGCGUUCAGAAGCCAUUGUCGUUUGCUUCCUACAGAAAGCCAAGGAUUCCAGAAGGGUAUACGCCCAGCUGCUCCACGCGAAGACCAACUGCGACGGCUACAAGGAGCAGGGCAUCACCUACCCGGCGGGGCACAUCCAGAAGCUGCUCCUCAGAGAGUUCUAUGAGGAGUGCUCCAUCCCGCCCAAUAGCUUGGAAUUCGUCGAAGCACAUGGCACAGGAACCAAAGUGGGUGACCCUGAAGAACUGCUGGCUAUCGACGAGAUCUUCUGCACGGGGCGCUCGGAGCCGCUCGCCAUCGGCUCUAUCAAGUCCAACCUGGGUCACAGUGAACCUGCCUCUGGACUCUGUUCUAUUGCCAAGCUCUGCAUAGCCUACGGAACCGGUUACAUCCCACCCAACCUGAACUACAAGGUUGCUCGCGAAGGCGUCGCUGCUCUGGCUGAAGGUCGCCUCAAGGUCGUCACUGAGAAGACCCCUUGGCAGCGAGGGAUGUCUGGAGUCAACUCCUUCGGCUUCGGUGGAGCCAACGCUCAUGUACUGCUCAAGAAUGUUGCUAGAGACAAGGUCAACAACGGCAUCCCAGCGGACGACCUUCCCCGCCUGGUCUGCGCUUCCGGCCGCACAGAGUCUGCAGUUGCUAGGAUUCUGGAUGACCUGGAGUCCAGGACCGUUGAUGUGGAGCUGGUGCGGCUCUGGCACGCUGUUCAUGAUGAGGAUAUUGCUGGUCACGUCGUCAGAGGCUAUACGCUUUUGGGCUCAACGCCAACAAAGAGCGUGUCUCUAGCGCGAGAUGUCCAGUAUUUCUCCGGAGUCCGCCGUCCAGUAUGGUUCGUGUACUCUGGCAUGGGCUCGCAGUGGGCUGGUAUGGCCACCCAGCUGCUGAGAAUCCCAGUCUUUGCAGCUGCAAUUGAGAAAUGCCAUAAGGCCCUGGAGCCCAAAGGCUUGAACUUGACUAGAAUCAUCACCGAAAACGACCCGAAGAUCUACGACAACAUUCUCCACUCGUUCGUUGGUAUCGCUGCAGUCCAAAUCGGUCUCACUGAUGUCCUGAAGACCAUUGGCAUUGAGCCUGAUUAUAUUAUUGGGCACAGUGUAGGAGAGCUUGGCUGCGCAUACGCCGAUGGCUGCUUCACCGCGGAGCAAAUGAUCUUGUCCGCCUACAGCAGAGGGCUCGCUUCCAUCGAGACUCCCUUCAUCAAGGGAUCAAUGGCAGCCGUUGGUCUUGGGUAUAAUCAGAUCAAAACCAUGUGCCCACCCGAAAUCGAAGUGGCGUGCCACAACGGACCUGACUCCAGUACUAUCUCAGGACCUGCAGACAUCAUGAAGAGCUUCGUAGCCAAGCUCUCUGCUCAGGGCAUCUUCGCGAAGGAAGUCCCUUGCUCCAAUAUCGCUUACCACUCCAAAUACAUCGCCGAUGCUGGUCCAAGGCUUCUGAAAUACCUGAGAGAGGUGAUCCCAACACCCAAAAAUCGCUCGGAGCGCUGGGUGUCAACCUCAGUUCCUCAACCACAGUGGAAAGACCCUCAAGCUGAACUAUCCUCUGCUGAAUACCACACCAACAACCUUCUUAGCCCGGUCCUUUUCGAAGAGACUUCUCGCCUGAUCCACUCUAAUGCAAUUACGAUCGAAGUGGCACCUCACGGUCUUCUUCAAGCGAUCCUGCGCCGCUCUCUGAAGAAGGACGUCGUCAACGUACCCUUGACUCAACGAGGUCAUGAAGACAAUGUUCAGUUCUUCUUCAACGCUAUUGGGAAACUGUACGAGGCGGGAAUUAACCCACACCUGGCCAACAUCUAUCCAACGGUUCCGUUCCCGGUAUCCGUAUCCACUCCCAUGAUAGCACAUCUCGUUGAAUGGGAGCACAGUGAAGACUGGUACGUAACUUCAUACAAGGCCCAAGACAAGAUGAAGUCAGGAGAGAGGACGGUCAGAAUGUCUAUCGUUGAUGAAGACAGCGAAUAUAUGGCCGGCCACGUUGUGGAUGGUCGCAACUUGUACCCCGCCACGGGUUACCUGGUCCUCGUUUGGGAGACCCUCGGCAUGAUGAUGGGAGAACUCUUCACUGAAGUGUCCGUUGUCUUCGAGAACGUCCGCUUCCAAAGAGCCACCAACAUUCCUAAAGACGGAAACCUUGAAUUCAUCAUCAUGAUUCAGAAGGGCAGCGGCAACUUCGAGAUCGUUGAAAGCGGAGCCUCUAUCGUGACUGGUCGCAUUUACGCCAAGAAAAAUGUUGGCCAAGACUACCGUGUGCUCCCGGCUAUCCCUGAAUCCAGUGGACCUAACAUCAAGCACAUGCUUACCAAGGACUUCUAUAAGGAACUGCGUCUCAGGGGAUACCAGUACAGCGGCCUCUUCCGCGGGGUUCUUGGCUGCAACGUCGAGGGUACCCGUGGUCGUCUGUCCUGGGUCAACAACUGGGUCACUUUCAUGGACUGCAUGCUGCAAAUGAAGAUCAUCGGCCAUGACACCCGGGGUCUCUUCGUCCCCACCAGAAUUGAGAAGCUCUGCAUCGACGCCAACAUGCACUACAAUGCCAUCUCCAAAAUGAAUCCUGACUCGAAUAAGCAGUCGUUUGAAAUUAGGGUGUACCCUGAUGUCGACGUCAUCAGAGCGGGAGGCGUAGAGAUUCGUGGACUUCACGCCACUCCUAUUCCGAAGAGGGUACCUCUAGGUGUGCCGGUACUUGAGAAGAAUGAGUUCGUCGCCAACUUCGGAAAGAGCAAGAUGAAGGUGGAAGACAUCCUAAGAGCCAACAUCCAACUCAUUCUUGAGAACAUCCAAACGUACAAAGUCAAGAGCAUUGAAUUAAUCGAUGAAGAAUACAAAGCCAAUGGUUUAGAACCGCUUAUGGAGGCUAUUGCUGAAGUUCUUGGAGACUUGCCCUUAGUCCAAGCUGAAAACCUGAUCCUGACAGAAGAAACACUUGAAAUGCCUUCAAAUAUUACCGUUGAGAACAAGAAGGUUUCUGGUGAAUCCAAUGCCGUUAUGUUUAUUGGUGCUAACUUGCUGAAGAGGCCUGAAGUACUUCAACAAGGCAUAACAACUCUACGAGACAAAUGCUUCGUCAUCAGCCGCGAAAAGGAGCGUCCUAAUCCCAAAGAUUAUUCUGAUAAAUACGACAUCGUGACCAUUCAAGACACUGGGUUGGAAUAUUUAGUUCUAUUGAGAAAACGAGUUGGUGCUAGACCCGCUAAGUUCGUUAAGAUUCAGGCAUCUGAUGACUCCUUCUCAUGGAUUGAAAAGGUCAAGGAAGAACUGAAGGAAGGCCAGAAAGUGGUGCUGUACUGUCAAGAUGAACAGUUCAACGGUCUUCUAGGGUUGGUCAACUGUCUGAGGAGAGAACCUGGUGGCGAGGUUAUUCAUGGGUUCUUAAUCGCUGAUCCAUCAGCCCCACCAUUCAAUCCUGACUUGGAAAUUUAUGAGGUGCAACUGGAUAAGGACUUGGCUAUCAAUGUCCUGCAAGAUGGCCAAUGGGGAACGUACCGCCAUCUCCUUCUCGGAGAUUUGUCGACCGUUAAAGCUACGCACGCUUUUGUCAACACUGUCACUAUUGGAGACCUGUCUUCGCUCAGAUGGCUCGAAGGUCCUCUCAGGGAGAACCACCAGUUCAAGGACCCUGAGAAGAUUCUCAUCCAUGUUUACUGCUCAGCCCUUAACUUCCGUGACGUAAUGACAGCAACUGGUCGUGUCACGGUCGACGCUGUCGCUCGCGGCAGGCUGGCGCAGGAGUGCGUACAAGGUUUCGAGAUCGUCGGCAGGACCCCCAAUGGUUCCCGUGUCAUGGCCAUGGUCGGAAAUUCUGGUAUGGCCAACAUGGUGCAAGGAGAUAGGGCUCUGAUGUGGUGCAUCCCUGAUGAAUGGACCUUCGAGGAAGCUGCUUCUGUUCCUGUCGCUUACGGCACUGUGUACUAUGCUAUGGUGAUGGUAGGCCAGAUCCAACGAGGAGAAUCCAUCCUCAUCCACGCUGGUUCUGGCGGCGUGGGUCAAGCUGCCAUCAACGUUGCUCUACACUACGGCUGCGAGGUCUUCACCACCGUUGGUACUGCCGAGAAGAGGGCUUUCAUCAAGAAGCUGUUCCCGCAACUUAAGGACAGCCAUAUCGGCAACUCACGUGACACUUCGUUCGAGGACAUGAUCCGGAAAGAAACCAAAGGAAGAGGUGUCGACUUAGUGCUCAAUUCACUGUCAGAUGAGAAACUGCAGGCUUCAGUACGUUGCUUGGCUUACCGCGGUCGCUUCCUGGAGAUCGGCAAGUUUGACAUUAGCAACAACACGCCCAUCGGCAUGUACUUCUUCCUCAAGGAAACCUCCUUCCACGGCAUUAUGUUGGACUACAUCUUCGAGCAGAGCUGGGACUUUAGAAAGAGGUUACAAGAUCUGCUGCUAACUGGUAUCGAGAGUGGAGCUGUACGUCCUUUGACGUACUGCACGUUCGAGAAGCACGAAGUGGAAACUGCCUUCCGUUACAUGGCUGCCGGUAAACACAUCGGCAAGGUCAUCGUCAAAAUCCGUGAUGAAGAACGAAGCAACCGUCCAGUGAAACCAACCGCCAUGCCUGUUGAAGCCAUGCCCAGGUACAUGUGCCAUGAAGACCACGUGUACGUGGUAGUGGGUGGUCUUGGAGGCUUCGGCUUGGAGUUGGCUGACUGGCUCAUUAUGAGAGGCGCCAGGAAACUACUGCUCACCUCACGUAGGGGUGUCUCCAAUGGAUACCAGUCCAGUAGGCUUAGGGCAUGGUCUUCUUAUGGUGCCAGAAUCGAAAUCUCCACUCAUGACGUCACCACAGAAGCCGGUUGUGAGGAGAUGCUGAAGUUUGCCAAUUCCAUGGGUCACGUUGAAGCGAUCUUCAACCUUGCUGUCAUAUUGAAAGACUCCAUCUUCCAAAACCAAACGCCUGAGACCUUCAAGACCUCGUUUGGACCCAAGGCUCUGGCUACGAUGCACUUGGACAAAUAUUCAAAGAAACUGUGUCCUGGGCUGAAGAACUUCGUAGUCUUCUCAUCGGUAUCCUGCGGCCGUGGUAACGCUGGCCAGACUAACUACGGUCUCUCCAACUCCGUGAUGGAGAGGAUCUGCGAGUGGAGGAAGAAGCUGGGACUACCAGCCCUCGCCGUGCAAUGGGGUGCUGUUGGUGAUGUGGGUCUGGUAGCAGACAUGCAAGAUGAAGACGUCCAACUCGAGAUCGGAGGGACAUUACAGCAGAGGAUAUCAUCUUGUCUGCUAGCCCUCGACAAGUUCCUCAAACAAGACUCGCCAAUUGUUUCGUCCAUCGUCGUGGCGGAGAAGAAGGCUGGUGGCUCCGGCUGCGGAAACAUUGUUGAUGCUGUUGCUCAGAUUAUGGGUAUCAAGGAUCUGAAGACAGUAUCUCAGCAGGUGUCUUUGGCCGAGUUGGGUAUGGACAGUAUGAUGGCUGUAGAGAUCAAGCAGACCUUAGAACGAGAGUUCGAGAUCUUCCUCACUGCUCAGGAUAUUCGAACCCUGACCUUCGCACGACUGGUGGAACUGACAGCCCAACGCGAAGCAGCCGCAUCCACGUCCGCUGCGCGACCAGUAGCCGCCGAAGGUGCGGCUGGAUUCAGAGUACUCAUGAGGAACUUUGGUGACGAGAAGCUGGUCAACGAACCCAUCGUCUACAUGCCUACCAUGGUCAGCGAUGGCACAGAGGGCGAACUGGUGGAGAGCAUGGAGUGCACGAUGUUCAUGCUGCCAGGGCUGGAGGGCUGCGCGUCCGCGAUGGAGCCGCUAUGUCGCCGGCUGAAGACCAAGGUCGCGGUCUUGCAGCUAGGUUUUGAAGCCAAGAACGAUACCUUGGAGCAGAUGGUCGACAGACUGUACACGAGCGUACGGACGCGUUUGACACCUGGCGCUCCCUUCAUGCUACUCGGCUAUAGUUUCGGUUCCAUCCCAGUUCUGGAACUGGCUGCCAAACUGGAGAGUGAAGGACACCAAGGUACCGUUUUCUGCCUGGACGGCGCUCCGGAGUUCCUCUACGCCAUCUUGAGCAUGACCAUGAGUUUCCGUAACGACACUCAGCUCCAGAACGCCCUGAUCUGCCACACCAUCGACAUCGUUGCUCCCAACAAUGACGUCACUAAGAGCAUUUUGGAGAAAAUCAACGAAAUCGAGUCCUACGAAGAGCGGAUCAACACAGCCAUCUCCAUGUCUCCUGUCCAGUCCAAAUACUCCAACGAAUUUGUUUCCGCCGCUGCUACUACCAGCUACGAUAGGCUCAAAGUUAUCCUUAACUUCAACAGUAAAAAUGUCAAGAAGCUUAAAUCACCCAUCGUUCUUCUGCGACCGAAGGAGAACCCACCAUUCGUUGUCGUUGAAGAAAACUAUGGCUUGGACAAGUUCACUGACAGUCUAACUGUACACUACUUGGAGGGCACCCACGUUACUAUUUUGGAAAAUAAGGAUUGCGCUAACAUUAUUAACAGGCUGUUGUUAGAUAAGGAUGCUCAAAGUGGAAAGACGGCUCAAAAUGUUGUCGCCAGUAUGGUGGAAUCCCAACGCGAAGUCCAGGUUUAAACCCGUUUACAUAUUCACUGUCUCUGCUUAGUUCUUCUAUAUCAAUUUUUUCUCUUCUUCUAAGACAUAUUCCUUCUCUUUACUAAUUGUUAUGCUACGAAGUUUGAAAGUUACGAGUAUCCUUUUAAUGAGUAUAAGUGAUAUAUUAUUGUGUGUAACCAUUGAAUAGGCUAUUUGUGUUUUUGUAUGGUGUUUUUCUAAAUUAUUCUAGUUUUAAUGUUAAUCUAGUACUUAGAAUAAGUGGCCGUAUUUAUAUAACAACUAACUUAGUGAUUACAUGUAAGGACUAUUUUAUAUUUUAGUGUUUAAAAGUAGGUUUUAUGUUAGUUUUAGGUCUUUGUCCUUAGGGCACCAGUACCAAAUUAAAUAUUCAAUAAGCUUAGGACAAGUUUUUAUUAAAGUUUUUUUUUAUAUUUGUUUAAAUGGUGAGUGGUAUGGUGAAAAGUAUUGUUGUGUUACGGUACCGUGUGUCAAUAUUUUUAUGUGUUUUUUUUUUCAAUACUAAGUAUAAGGAUUGUUUAAACGUGAUGGUCAUGAAAUAUAAAAUAUAUUCCUGUUUUAAUCCACA